AUGUCAAGGAGAAAAGCAGAUGACAAUCUAAAGAUUCUUCACUCAGUACUUUUUGGGAAGAAAACAAAGGCACAUGCCCUAAAGAAAAAUAUUGGCCAGUUUUCAGGAUAUGUAUGGGCUGAGAAUGAGACAUUCCUAUACCAGAUUCUCCGUGGCAUUGCCUACUGCCAUUCUCAUAGGGUUCUUCAUCGGGAUUUGAAACCACAAAAUUUGCUGAUAGAUCGCCGUACAAAUGCAUUAAAGCUUGCAGAUUUUGGGCUGGCCAGAGCAUUUGGUAUACCUGCACAGCAGUACAUUAAGGACACUCUAGCUGUCUUGUAUUUCUACAGGUCUGAGCGGAGAUUUGUUGUGACACUGUGGUACAGAGCACCUGAAAUACUGCUAGGAUCUCGUCAUUACUCUACUCCAGUUGAUGUGUGGUCGGUGGGAUGUAUAUUUGCUGAGAUGGUGAACCAACGGCCGUUAUUUCCUGGAGAUUCUGAGAUUGAUGAAUUAUUCAAGAUCUUCAGGGUCUUGGGAACCCCAAAAGAGGAUAUAUGGCCUGGAGUGACUUCGUUACCUGAUUUUAAAUCUGCCUUUCCUAAGUGGACUGCCAAGGAUUUGGCAAGUGUAGUUCAAAACCUUGAGCCAGCUGGUGUUGAUCUUCUUUCUUGCUAAACCAUCUCUACAGUCUGGUGGGGUUGCAAAACAGGCUCUUUACUCUAUAGCCCAGUGUGUAGCUGUACUCUGCCUGGCUGCUGGUGAUCACAAAUGCUCAACAACAGUGCAAAUCUUAAUGAUCUACUGCAAAAUAAUAUUGAUCUUAAUGUUGAGAAACAUGUCAUGGACAUUUUCUUUUUUUAUUAAAUGUUUACCUGCUGCUUUCUGCUGUUGCUACCAUUUUUGCUACUGCUUUCUGCUGUUGCUACCAUUUUUGCUACUGUUGGAGGUAUAAAGUGUCUGUUAAGAAUAUUAUCUUCUUUCUUCUAGACACCUGAGUGUUGCGAAUUAUGUUUAGACAAAUUUGGUAACUUGAAUUAAAUAAUUGUCUCUCUUCGCUUAA